AUGACAAGCUUCCCACCCAGCUCCCUUUCCCCUCAUAAUAGCCUGUUUCCUCAAUCCCUCCCUCCUUCCACCCUCCCCACUCAGCUACUCAACGGCAAGGAGUGCGUGUUGACGGACACAGUGGGGUUAAUUCAUCCCCCCCCUCAGCUCCCUCUCUCCUCAUUUCAGCUCAUAUUCCCUCUUCACUUCGCACCCCUUCAUUCGUCCCCCCCAGCUACCCAACGGCAAGGAGUGUCUGUUGACGGACACGGUGGGGUUCAUUCAGAAGCUGCCCACCCAGCUGGUGAGCUGUCAGGUGAGCCGUCAGGUGACCUGUCAGGUGAGUUGUCAGGUGGGCUGUCAGGUGACCUGUCAGGUGAGCUGUCAGGUGGGCUGUCAGGUGGGCUGUCAGGUGAGCUGUCAGCUGAUCUGUCAGGUGAGCUGUCAGGUGAGCUGUCAGGUGGGCUGUCAGGUGAGCUGUCAGGUGAGCUGUCAGGUGGGCUGUCAGGUGAUCUGUCAGGUGAUCUGUCAGGUGAGCUGUCAGGUGAACUCCAUCCAAUGGCGGCGCAACAGGUGGCGGCGGUGCUGCAAGUGCUGGCAGAGCUGGAAGUCUCCCACAUCCCCAUGCUCACCGUGCUCAAUAAGGUAGACCAAGUGUCCCCUGGUUUUCUGCAGCAGCAGCAGCGCCAGCUGGAGACCAUUUUGGACCAGAACUCGGGCGGCAGAGAGAGCAGUGCGGGCGGCAGAGAGAGCAGCGCGGGCGGCAGAGAGAGCAGUGUGGGCGGCAGAGACGGUGGUGGGAGAGAGGAUGGGCGGCACAGGAUGGUGGCGGUGUCGGCUGUGACUGGCGAGGGCAUGGAUGGGCUGUUUGAGGAGCUGGAAAAGAUGGUCAACGGCUUGCUGGGCCUGCUGGUGAGCAUAGAAGCUAUCAUUCCGUACCAGGAGGGGCAUCUGCUGGGGCUCGUGUACCAGCUGGGCGCCGUGGAUAGAGACCAGGAGGGUCAUCUGCUGGGGCUCGUGUACCAGCUGGGCGCUGUUGAUAGAGAGGAGCAUCUUCCUGAAGGCACGUUGCUGUCAGCACAUGUGCCUCUACGGGUGGCGCAACUGCUGUUUCGCCUCUUCAUCUCCUCUUAUCCCUUCUUUCCUGCUCCCCUACCCACACAGGAGCAUCUUCCUGAAGGCACGUUGCUGUCAGCACAUGUGCCUCUACGGGUGGCGCAACUGCUGUUUCGCCUCUUCAUCUCCUCUUAUCCCUUCUUUCCUGCUCCCCUACCCACACAGGAGCAUCUUCCUGAAGGCACGUUGCUGUCAGCACAUGUGCCGCUGCGGGUGGCUCAGCUGCUGCUGCCGUACCGCUGGACUGCAGAGGAGUUCAAAACAAGGGAUGCCCCUGUGGCAUGA